CUGCUCACUGGUUGUUGUUUGCGAAAGCUGAGCUCACAGCAAAAUCGACCAUGAGGCUGAACCUGACUGUGUUUCUGGUCACUCUGGCCCUCCUCUGCUACGAGGGAAAUGCAGAGGUCUGUCCAGCUUCUGUUUCUGUACUUAGAAACCUAGUUUUGGGGAGUGACAAGGCCUACCGUAGCACCUUAGAGAAUUUAGGUGUACCUGAAGACACUAUCAAAGCUUCGUUGGAAGUGAAGGGAUGGAUAGAUUACCUGCCCUUUAUGAGGAGAUCGAGAAUUUUCAAUGUUGUAGAAAGCCUAGUGGCUCAAUGUAACGUCUAGAGUUUAAACUCUACACACGCGUGCCUGUGUCACUCAGGGAUGGCCUGAUCAUCCCCAGAAAAUGUGAAGGGUUCACCGUCUUGCUGCAAUAAACUGCUUGCCCUGCAA